AUGUGUGGAGUGGGAAAGAAACUUAUCGAACGGACACUUAUCAAGAAUAUCAAAGAAACACCUUUCAGGGUUGAAAAGAUUGAAAACACUUUUCAAAAAUUUUUCUUUCAAUCUACCUCCAGUGAUCUUUCGCAUAAUGAACUCGAAUGGCUACCACACGAUGUCUUCGAUGACAUGCCUAGGCUUAAGCGACUUCGCUUACAUGGAAACCCAUGGAACUGUGCAUGCGAAAAAGGUUUAAAGGAUCUUCUGAACUCCAAGCCAAAGAUUAGCUUGGGCGCUGAGCCUGUCUUGUGUGUCACACCUGACAAAUUUAAAGACGCCAAAAUACAGAUUAACAAAAAGUGUGAAAUAAACGAGUGCUUGUUUGAGAACGACUGUGACGAUGUCGCAACUUGCAUAGAUAAUGCAUUUGAUUACGAGUGCAAUUGCACAAAAGAGGGAUUUACUGGUGAAGGAAAAGGAUGCAUAGACAUCGACGAAUGUAGUGGUUCAAACAAAUUUAAGGUCUGCGCAAAAGUAGGGGCAGUCUGCAUUAACACGCAUGGAAGCUACUCAUGUGGAUGUAAGAAAGGAUACACAGGGAAUGGGAAGCAAUGUACAGACAUAAACGAAUGUGUGGAACAUGAUUGUGACCAAGGAGAAUGUCAGAACACACAGGGAAGCUUUCGAUGCGACUGCUUUUCUGGAUAUGCUAUGAACGCAGAAAAAGUCUGUGUGGAUAUCGAUGAAUGCAAGGUUCGUAACAAAACCUGCAAAGAAAUUCCUCAUAGUCAUUGUGUCAACUUGAAGAAGUUUCAUUCCGCGGACGACGGUUAUCGCUGCCAGUGUGAGAAUGGGUACAAAAGAGUUGGCAAGAGCUGCGUUUAUAAAGGGGACAUGAAGGAGUGGAUAAAGUUCCUCGGGAUGAUCAUCGGAGGCUUUUUCGGUAUCCUGCUCUUGAUCAUUAUCUCUGCUGUUAGCUUUAGAAAAUGGAGAAACAGGAAAUCUGAGUCUGAGUCUGAGGAGAAAGAUGAGGUGGUCACGGCUCCUGUUGGCUUGGCACCCCCAGUAGACUUCGCCUACCUUGACAUGCCUCAAACACAGAAAGCGGAAAAUGAAGAGGACGACUGGAAAGAGCUAGAAGACGAGGACGAAGACGAGGACGAGGACGAGGACGAGGAGGACUAA